AGUACUCGCGAACAAGGCUUAGCAUAAUCAAUCGCUCAUCGCUAACCAUGGCGGCAUCCAAAACGAUUCUUGACAUUCGCGGCAAACAACUAAAGCUUGAAACAGCUGCUGACGUUGCCCCCUUCAUCGCUGGCGUAGACCCAGCCAAACUCACCUCCAUCCAUCUUGGAGGCAAUUCCAUCGGCGUGGAGGCUGCAAAAGAAUUUGGUCGAUUCCUUGAGACUGCGGACGUGGUUCAACUUGCAGACUUUGGAGAUAUCUUCACGGGACGUACUAUCGAGGAGAUCCCUGCUGCUAUACAAGCACUCCUUGAUCCACUCUUACAUAAGACCUCCCUUCGAGAGAUAAACCUCAAUGAUAACGCAUUCGGAGAGCGUGUUGUGCCAUUCCUCACACCCUUCCUCGAAACUAAUCAUUCCAUACGCGUCCUCCGCCUCAAUAACAACGGCCUCGGGCCUGCGGGCGGCAAGAAAAUCGCCGAAGCAGUCUGCAAGUCUGCACCAACAGACGGCUCACGAUCGAAUCUUCAGGUUGUCAUCUGCGGCCGAAAUCGGCUAGAGGAUCCAGGAGCAACCGCCUGGGCCAAGGCGUUCGAGGCACACAAGACGCUUGUAGAGGUUCAAAUGCCACAGAACGGCAUUCGUAUGGAUGGUGCUGAGGCCCUUGCGCAGGGUCUUGCUGCGUGCUCUGAAUUGCAGAUUGUCAAUUUCCAGGACAAUGCAUUCAUAGAUGUGGAGAUGGAUGAAGAAGGACGGAAAGCUGUUCGUGCAUGGGGUGAGGCUGUCAAAACAAGCUGGCCAAAGCUACGCUUGCUAGACCUCUCUGACUGCAUGCUCUCGAAUGGAGAAGGGGAAGUGCCACCACUCCUGGAGGCUUUCAACGACCCGAAUACGAAGAACCUUCAGAAUCUCCAGGAGCUACGACUGCAGAACAACAACCUCGAUGGCAAAAGUUACGAGGUCCUCGCCCAAGCCGUGACGAAAUUGACGAAGCUCAAGCGGCUAGACCUGCAGGACAAUGAUGAUGUGGAGGAUAACGAACAUCUAGAUGACAUCGCCGAACAUCUGAAAGCACACGGCGGCAAGCUCAUCCUUACAGAAGAAGACGAGGAGGAGGAGGAGGAGGAGGAGGAGGAGGAAGAAGAAGAAAAGGUCGAAGAGCCAUCAGAGGAGGCCGAGGCUGAGG